GAAUUAAUGCAUUUGAGUUAUGGAAACGGGAAGAUUGAAGUGGAUUCAAUAAUGGAGGGCCUAAAUAAGGUUAAAGGUGAGUCAGUGGUUCAAAGCCACCAGCUGCUCCUUCGAAACCCUAUAAAGGACAGAGUCACUGGCCACAUGACAGCUUCUGAGAUAAGAUCAAAACUUAAGCUGAAUCCUCUAACAAAAGUACCACUGUCCCAUGGCAAGAGGGAUAAAGAUUCACCAGGACUUCUCCAAAGCCAAAUGCAGUACAAAGAAAAGAAGUUGAAUGCUUCACAAAUGGAAGCCUUCAAAAAUGCCUACAACUUAUUUACCAGGGAUAAAACUGACUGUAUUGAUUUACAUGGAAUGAUGUGUACUUUAGCUAAGUUGGGGAUGAGUCUAACCAAGCAUGACGUCUACAAUGAAUUGAAAUGUGCUGAUAUUGACCGAGAUGGGAAAGUGAACUUCUCUGAUUUUAUAAAGGUGCUAACAGAUAAGAAUCGAUUCCUCAAGGCUGUGGUUCCAGAAAAGGAGACCUGUAUAGAUGUAGCUGGCAGCUCGGGGAACCUGUUAUUUGAAAUCCUAUCAAAGCUUGUAGAGACUUCAGCCCUGCCCAGAAAAGCUAUAAUGGAAAUAGUAAGCUAUUUCCGAAGAAAAUUCCAUGAAACCACUGCAGGAAUGCUGUGGAGUCCCUCUGAUGUGGGUUAUGGAAAAAGUCGGCUGAAACCAGACACGGGCAUGCCGCCAAGCUCCAGCAUGGCUGCCUUUGCCAAUGCUGCCCGGAUCGCGAUAAUGCAAGAGAAGGAUUUAUUUAAGUUCCUUGAAGAGCUCAAGAGAUGCAGUCCUCCUUCAGAGAGCCCGUAUUCUAAAAUACCCAUCUUCCCAUUGUUUCCUAAUGUGGAUGGAGUGGUGAUGGGAAAGCCAUUCAAAGACAUACAGAAGUUAGAGAUGCUACGGAGAAGAGAGCCGCUGAACUUCUUUGAGAACUAUUUCUUCCAUAAAAGAGACUGGAAAACACAGGCAGCAAAUAUAAAGCCUUUCGACCCUGCCUCAAGCUACCCAAGUGAAAUCUUUGCUAUUGACCAAAUGUUCAAGAGAAAGCAGACUUGGACAGUGACAGAUGCAGCAGCAAUUAAGCACCACGUGAAGAGAGCUACAGAUACUUAUAACUUAGGAAUUGGCCUGGAACACCGAAAAGAAAUGCUAAACCUCUGGCGGAAGAUCCGAGGAGAUCUGGUUGGGAUUGACAUCAAAAAUGAGUCCUUUUAUGACACCUUUUCUACUUAUACAUGGUCCUGGAAUGUAUGCCAAGAACUGCUUUCCCCAAAGGACUUGCGGUUAUCGGAUGCCUGCAGGGAUCGAAAUCCCAUCCACAGUACCAGAUUUUAUUCGUCCUCAGACAUUAGUGAAUUGGACACAGACACGGGAAGAAAAAGAAAACGAAAAGGUUCCAAAGGGUUUCCACAAUGA